GCACGAAGCCUUACAUCGACCCGUGGUUUUCUGAAAGCCAUAAAUCCCUCCGCGGGCUCGUAGCGGUUCUGUUGUAGAGACGAGGACUUCCUACUGUCCCGACUGGGCUCGAAGACUCUCUCUCUUGCCGGUCCGCUUGUCCGUGAGCCGACUUCAAGCUAAAGCCUCUCGUCCUACGCAGAGUCAAGCCGCUUUUUCCGCGCCGCUACAGCAGUGAGCCAGCGGACGUAGCCGGCCAAAGUAGUGAGCUUCGUCUUCUGUUUCUUCGGUCAGAUGCUCCCAGCCGUGCAGAUUGACAGGAGUGAUGGGAUGUGUCAACUAGCAGAUAAGUCGUCCCUGAAUGAUGUAAUCGGGCAGAAGGACUCAUCUGCAGUGUUGAGACCAGAGCGAGACAAAGGCGACGAAGCGGACAAGUGGGUAGACAGCGGUGGUGCAAGCAUGGGCGUAGGCAAGAACACCGCCUCCAGGCCGGUGGACAGCGGGAGCGAGGGUGGCAAAUAUGAAGAGGAGAACAAACAUGCAGCAGACUUCUACCCCAUUCCGGUGGUGGUAAAUGGAGUGGGCGGAUCCAAUGGGGACCAGGAUACAGAGAACACCGAGCUGAUGGCCAUCUACACAAAAGAUGUUCAAGGAGCAGAAAAGAGCUCAAUGUCAGAGACGUUGGACAGCUUAGACAGCACUGAUCCGAGGAGGAUGGACAUGAUCUAUAUCAUAGAAGACACGCCGCCUUGGUACCUGUGUGUGUUUUUAGGCCUACAGCAUUAUUUGACGUGUUUCAGUGGAACCAUAGCGGUGCCAUUCCUCCUCGCUGAAGCGAUGUGUGUCGGCUUUGACCAAUGGGCCACAAGCCACCUCAUAGGGACCAUCUUCUUUUGUGUGGGGAUUACAACCCUUCUACAAACCACGCUGGGCUGCAGGUUGCCUUUGUUCCAGGCUAGCGCUUUCGCCUUCCUCGCCCCAGCCAGAGCCAUUCUGUCACUGGACAAAUGGAAAUGUAACAACACAGCGAUACUAGAGACAAACAGCACAGAGAUUCUCCACACAGAGCACAUCUGGCAUCCCAGGAUACGAGAAAUCCAAGGGGCGAUCAUCGUUUCAUCCCUAGUGGAGGUGUGUAUUGGGGCGCUGGGUCUACCCGGGCUCCUCCUGAAGUAUAUCGGACCUCUGACCAUCACCCCCACUGUAGCCCUCAUCGGCCUCUCCGGUUUCCAGGCGGCAGGGGAGAGGGCAGGAAAACACUGGGGCAUCGCUAUGCUAACUAUUUUCCUGGUGCUGCUCUUCUCCCAAUAUGCCCGAAAUGUCCACUUCCCGUUGCCGGUCUAUAAAGCAAAGAAAGGCUGGACUUCCUACAGGCUGCAGGUUUUCAAAAUGUUCCCAAUCAUCAUGGCCAUCCUGGUGUCAUGGCUCUUGUGCUUCAUCUUCACGGUGACUGACGUCUUCCCACCCGAAAAGGACAAGUAUGGCUACUAUGCCCGUACAGACGCACGCCAAGGGAUCCUUUCGGUUGCACCCUGGUUCAAGAUCCCGUAUCCCUUCCAGUGGGGUCUUCCUAGUGUAACGGCCGCAGGUGUGAUCGGCAUGAUGAGCGCCGUAGUUGCCAGCAUCAUCGAGUCCAUAGGCGACUAUUACGCUUGCGCCCGUCUGUCGUGUGCCCCUCCUCCUCCCAUCCACGCCAUCAAUAGGGGCAUAUUUGUCGAGGGCAUCUCUUGUGUUCUGGAUGGACUUUUCGGGACAGGAAAUGGUUCCACCUCCUCCAGUCCAAACAUUGGUGUCCUGGGUAUAACAAAGGUGGGCAGCAGGCGCGUGAUCCAGUACGGCGCCGCCAUGAUGCUGUUGCUGGGCCUUGUGGGUAAAUUCAGCGCCCUGUUCGCCUCCCUGCCAGACCCUGUGCUGGGGGCUCUGUUCUGCACCUUGUUCGGCAUGAUCACGGCGGUGGGGCUGUCCAACCUGCAGUUUGUCGACCUUAACUCUUCGAGGAACCUUUUUGUUCUGGGCUUUUCCAUCUUCUUUGGCCUGAUGUUGCCCAGCUACCUCAAACAGAACCCACUUGUUACAGGCAUUGUUGAGAUUGACCAAGUGCUAAACGUACUCCUCACCACUGCCAUGUUUGUGGGAGGCUCAGUUGCUUUUAUUUUGGACAAUACUAUUCCAGGUUCUCCUGAAGAGCGAGGCAUCGGGAAGCUAAAGCGCGGCUCGGGUCCCAGCGCCGCCGAGCUAGAGGGGAUGCGAUCCUACGACCUGCCAUUUGGAAUGGACUUCAUCCGCAGGCACCCCAUCUUUAAGUACAUCCCCAUCAGCCCCACCUUCGCUGGCUACCAGUGGGGACGGCUGCGGAAAACCUGCAGGAGCAGGGACGGACACAGGGAUGCGGGCAAGGGAGGAGGAGAGGGAGGGGUUUCUCACAGCGAGAGUCUGGCGUAGCCAUCGGUGUGGUGCGUGAUUUCGGGGAGCAAGGGAUGCUACACUGAGAGAAAAGGAUGAAAGGCUGCGGUACAGGAUUGCUGGGCGUGUGGAUGACGUGUGAACCACCGACCUCCGUCUGUCUCUAUCCCUGACUGUCUGUGUUUUCGUUUGUCACUUCCCACUAUGCUAUUUUGAGCAUGCUAAUGCAAGUCGCAGCCAGCCUGCUUCAGAAGAUUUUACCAAAUGGAGUCUGCUUGGUGUGUUUGCAUGUGUGCUCGGUAUGCACACUGACGUAAUGGCCACGUGCUUUUACUUACACUGUCACUUUAAUCCAAACGGAAAUACAAUGACACACUAAAUCUGCCAAUUGAGAAUUAUGCAAAAAAAAAAAAAAAAAAAAAAAGGGGUGCAAUGACUUAAUGGCAUGUAUGCAACCACAUACACACACAUGGUCACACACCAACAGUCCUACCAAAACUAGCUUCGCCCUACAACUCUAGGACGCAUAUCUGGUCAGUCCAAGUAGUCGUCAGGUGCCCUCUGCCCUGGCACAGUGAUUGUGAUAUUCGUUAGUGCGCCGUCUGCCUCCUCCGUUGUGAAUGUCACUCCACGUUCGGCUCAGAAAGACCCACUGAGGAAAAUCGGCCCGCUUCCCCGCAAAACAAACACACACGCUGAAUUAUACGGUCCCGCAAUUUACUUAUCUCUACGGUUAUCAGUAUUAGCCACAACUAUCUUAACAUUUACACGCUCGCACCCUCAUUGGCUGUCGUUGAAUACUGUAAAAGGGGGUCAUUUCACAGCAGCUCUAAAAGAUGUCUUUCUGGAGCCAUCUUCACUCCCGCUACCCGUAUUCGUUCAUGUAAUAAGGUGGAAACAAUGAAUAAUUAAAGGCAAAGAAUCACUCCGAUCGCAAUUGGAUUUUCAGGAAAGAUUUUGGUGAAAUUUUCCUGACCUGCGAUUAUAAAGAAAUCUCCACAGUCGCUAUUUCCAACCGAAAUUUUUCCAAAAGAAAGUCCAUAAUGGUUUUAUUAAUGUCCUUGGAGUUUCUUACAGAGUUGAAUCAGAUUGUUGUCAAGUGGGCAAAGAUUAGCCAGGAAGAGAAAUGGGGUGAGAAAGGCGCUCUGGGUUGUUACUCGGACUUUCUCCUCUGUUAACAUUCUACCUCUCAACCCGGGUGUUUGUCCCGGUCCGCUUUCUUCAGCCUGUCUUACGUAAGUUUUAGGCCUAUUGUUGCUCAGUUGUGAGAGUUAGACUGACUGAUAUUUUACUUACCACUCAUUGACCUGACAACCUGCUGCGAGCCUUCAUUUUCAUUGGUACACGUGCAAAUAAGAGACUACAAUACAGCAGCACGGUAGCCAAGUAGUUUUGGAGUAAGAGUUCGGAGGUAUUGUAUUCUUCUUAUAGUGCGAAGUAGCCAGACCGAUUUCCAUGUUACACUACUUUCCAUUUUUAGUAAUGGCGAGCUCGCGUCAUAUUGAGCAGAAUAAUGUUGCCCGGAGGAAAUAUGUCACUCCAUUUUGCCUCAAUCGCUUCAAGACAAUCGACACAAUUCUUAAGGCUCGGUGAAUGUGUUAUUAUCCAUCGUCUCAUCCCAUUAGCAAAUCCGAGUAGCGGAAGUGAAGAUAACUCCGGCAAGAGCCAAACAUCUCCGUGCUGUCCAGACAGGCGCCGUCUUCCUCCUGAAGCAAUUCCGCACAGUACUGUGCCUCAUGUGGCCUUAUCUGAGACGCCAUAAACACUGACCCUGCACGCUUCAAUGUCAAAUGUUUGCAGGGCUCUCUGAUCCCUCUGUUACUGGUUUACAGGCUCACGUUCACACUAUACAGCCCAGCGGUCUGUCCACUCGUGACGGCGCAAACUACUGUAGUUUGGAUUUGGACAACAGGAACAGAACUAGUGAAUGUCUCUGUUCUGUUCUCUGGCUUGAAUGGAUCAUCUGUUGCUAAUGCUUUCAUUUUUAUUUAUUUUUUUCCAUCUUCAUGCAGCACAUGAUAAUAGCAACACAUCUGACUCUUAUAAAAGUAGCACAAUUACCAAACAAAUGCUUUAAAAGUGCUUAAUAUUUUGUCCAGAUUUUUUUUUUUUUUUAAACGAACCAAAAAAUUUGUUUGCUUUUAGAAUUUUCCUGUUACCAAAAAAAAUCAAAACAUGUACCCAUAAAAAUUAACCUACAUUUUCUGAACUUUAUCUUUUGUUAAAGCUCUUUCUUUAUUUAUGGAAAGAAAGUCAGUGUGCAAAGCUCGGUUCAAGCAGGUCUUUGUGUGGCUUGCACAAUGCUGACAUUUUAUUUAUGAGUUAUUAGUUCUCCUCCUCGAUGACCACAAGUCAGCUCCAGCUAAAUUGAACUGACCAUAUAAGGCAUCAGCUGCCAUUAUUGCCGUUACAAAUAAAUCACGCUAGACGUCGGCGCCUUUUUACGAUUUCAUUACAUUUCAAGGUGCCAUGAGUAUCUCAUUGACCUUAUAAUUGUUCUAGAAUGGACCUGAAGACUGAUUCAUGAACCACAUAAUACUGCUGGGCCUUAACUCUUUAACCACUCUUUAACUCUUUGGGGUUUUUUUUUUACUUAUUUUUUUCCCCCAUGUUAAUUUUUCAGUUUCACUUUCGCAUACCAUUCAUUAUACAGUGUUUCCCAUCCUUUGUGGACCAAGGCAGAUAUUUUACAUUAGGAAAAAUCUCACUGCACACCACCAACAAAAAUGUCAUGUUUCAAUUUACUCACAAAUAUACCUUGGUGAAAUUUGGGCCUGUUGAAUUGAACACAGAGCUAUUACAGUUUUGACAGACUUUGACAUAUGAGUUUAAUUCAUUCCAUGACCAUGCUUGUAACUCAAAAUACACAUCUCAAAUCAUCUUUCCCCAUUGAAAUGAAUGGAAAUGCUGUUAAUUCGUUCCAGCCCACUAAAAACCAAAAAUGUUUGUAAUGUGUUUUUAAUAAGGAAAAAUAGCACUCUAUAUUAUACUUUACAAACUCAUACAGUCAUGACAUACUUAAAUAGAAUGUUAAGAAAAAAGCCACAUUUUCUGCUUCAAUGGACAUUGGUGCUGUUCCUUCAGGUGUGUGUGUGUGCUUUGGCCAUCUGGGGGCAGUAUACUACAGACAUACGCACAUCAGUAUGUGUCAGUCUGGGGUCCUCAGUAAGCCGCUCUAAUAUUAGUCGUUCUUUACAGAUGAUAAAGAAAAGAAAAUGCUUGAGUAUUGUUCCAUUAUCUGUCUACAUUGUUGCUUCACUGUUUGUACACAAUGUGUAAUUAUCUUUGUGUUAUAGUAAGCAUCAAAAGGGAGUGGCAAUGAACAACUUGAAGCCUUUUUUGAAGAAAAAGAAUUGUUCAAUAUUUGCCAAACUGCUGCUUGUUGUGAAAUGAGUUAAUGUCAUUGCCACUCCAGAGUGCUCAUAUCUCAAAUUGUUUUGCUCCCUGGUCAAAGCAAAAAAAGAAAACGUCUGAAUGACUGCUCGUCAGGUCAUUCGUAUCUCAAGGCACCACUGUAUUCUGAUGUAUGAACGGUGACAGGUGGAUACACAGAUGUAUUGCACCUUCUGCCAUCUAGGAAGAUCAUUUAAUUGUUCUGUCUGUCAUACAUUGCUGGCAUAAGUAGAUGAACAAAAAUGUAUUUGUAGGAAAUUGUUUUCGAACCAAUGAAAGUCAAAUUGCAUCAUUUCCUGUGGCUCUUACAGCACAAUGGUUGGAAUCACUGCAUCGUAUAAUAUCCUGGUUUAAUAUCCUCCUAACCCUCAAUUAAUCAACUGUACGCUUGUCGUAAUUAAAACAGUCGUUAAACAAAUAAUAAUAAUCAAAAAAUAAUAAUAAUCAUACUUCUGACGACAUCAUCAUACACACUACAUGCGAUCAGUCAUAUUCAAACUCAUGCGAAUGGAUAUCUCUCACACAUCUUCCUGUGCUGUCCUGCAGCGAGUCCGUUUGUCUAUGGAGUACCUGUACACGUUUUCCUCUCUGAAUAUUCUGACUGUCAACGUUUAUAAACGGAGGUGAAAACGAAACGACAAGUCUACUUAUUAAGAACUGGCCGGAGCCGCGGCUGUCCCGGAAACCGACUUGAUUGCAACAUAGCUCGACGUGCCUGAACACAACGUUAUUUGGCUUUGAGCACAUAAUGGUGUCAAAAAUGAUGACCUGUACAAAACUGGACCUUAAUCAUUGACAUGUUUACUGGUUUAAUGACGAAGCAGCAGGUGAUGCUUAAUAAGGUGGCCAGAAGCACACAAAGACAUCAGUCCCUUUCAGUUAUUAUGAAGGGGGUGCUACCUGUACAAAAAUCUUUUGGUGUACUAACUGUUAUAUCUUUGUGAUUGUUCCUGGUUGUUGGUUUUUUUUUUUCUUUUCUUUUUUAAAUGUUUUUUGCAAGCAAAUAUUUGUAAGGAAGAAAUUAUAACUUUUAACCUUAAAUCAUGCUGGAAAGUGCACUGUUUUGUUAUACUUUUAUUUAAAGAAAACAACUAAAUAUUUGAUCCAAUGUCUUUUUUGGGUGUUAGGAAGUUGUUUUUUUUCUUUUACUUUUAAAAUUGCUUUUAUUUUGUUAACGCAUUAGCAGAAAAUACAAACGCAAAGAAGAUAAAUUUAGAGAAUAGAUUACAUGUAUAUUUAACUUGCUAAAAGUCUUGGAAGAUAAAGUGUGUAAACUAAUUGUAGCAGCAAUUUUUUUUUUUGUUCUUAAUAGUAUUUAAUAAGAUGUUACAGAAUGUAUGAAGGGGUUUUUUUUUGUCUUCAUUUUAUACUUAAAGAAAAAUCCGUGUGCAGACUUCUGCUUUCAUAUAUGCAAAUCUGCAACCUAUCCUAUUGGAACUCAUCAGAAUCCAGUUCUUAAAUCAUGACAAAUAAAUGAGAAAUUUAUGUCACUAUGCUCAUGGAGUAUUUGUGAGAACUUCCCAAAUUGAAUGGGUCUGUUUUCACAACGCUCCUCUCAAUGAAUAAAAAUUGUACAGUAUGUUAAAUCAUUGUUUUCAUUGCAAUUUUGUCUCCACACAGUUAUUUUUACUUAUUUAUUUUUUAUUUUUGUUAUUGUUUCCCAUGGUGUGAUAUCAGAAUGAUGCAAACUACAACUACACAAUAAUAACACACUGAUAAACAUGUUAAAUAAAUAGCGCUGACAGUGUCAAUCAAAACUGAACAUUAUUGUCUGUAAAGGUAACCUUAUCCGUCCUCAAAGUUUUAUGGAGGCAAUGAAAUCAUUAUUAAACAACUUAUGGUACGUAUAGUGGCUAUAAAAAGUAUCCCUGUUCAAAUGGAAAUUGUUUUUUUAAUGAGAUCAAAAUAAAUCAUUUUGAAAC